AUGCGCAUUGUAAAGUUGUCAUUGUAUAGUUCCCGGAAGUGCAUGUCUGCACGUGCUGGAAACCUUGAAAGAAGUCAAAUGUUCGUCCCGGCGGUUGUUGCUGCAGACGAGCCGCAGUAACGAUGACGAUGAGAAACAUAUUCGUUCCCAUUUAUCAGCUGGGAAACCCUCAGCUGAGGAUCUUCAGACCCAACUGGUUUCUGACCCUGGUGAGGCCGGGAAAAGAGCAGCCUCCGGACACGGCCCAGUUCCGGGUCCCGAUGGAAAUGACAAAAUAUGAUGUGAAGAACUACUUGGAGAAGAUCUACAAUGUCCCUGUUGGAGUAGUUCGCACCAGGAUACAGUUCGGAUCCAACAAGAAGAGGAACCACCUGAACCAGAAGGUCAAGAAGCCAGACUACAAAGUAGCUUAUGUUCAGCUGGCUCAGGGCCAGACCUUCACCUUCCCUGACGUCUUCCCUGAGAAGGACCAGACCCCCGCCGAGGGCUCCAUGGAGGAGAUGCAGAACAAGUUCAUGGAGGACGAGAAGCAGCGGCAGAAGCUGGACCCCAGGAGAGGGGGGGUCACCGAGUGGUUUGGACUGUGACGGCGGUGGGCGUGGGCCGUCCGCUCUCUUCUGCCGGGGCGAGAGACGGGCCGACACCGUUGGCCUGCUCUGGCGGCUGCGGUCCGAUGAGCAGGUCCAGAAUCAGAGGAGGGGAGUGGACCGCCUCCAACCUUCAUGAAAACUGUGACAUGAGGUUUCAGGAAGUUUGUGGGUCUGGACGGUUCUGGACGGUUCUGCACGGUUCCGUCUCAGACUCUCCAGAGGUUUCUUUAUGUGUGAAAGCUGUUUAACAAGAACCAAUAAACGCUGGUCUGAAGGUUC